AAUCACCAAAGAUCAUUGUGACAUACACAUAACACAGGAGUUCACUCCAUGAAAUAAGAAACUGAAAUGCGAGGGUAAUAAAAGCAAGUCCAGUAUACGCAGUUGUUGCUCUAAAAAACAUGUACAAGGUAGAUAUAAACGUGCAGAUAAGAGGGAUUCUAAACCGAAUAGCCCAAUCAAACCGCAAUAGAAAAAACAAGAUCAGUAGACACCGAAUGCAAGAGAGAAGCAUCAAGUCGAUCGGCGGCAGAUUAACGAUGGAAGAAGGAAAUGGCAGACGAAGUUUGUCAGGAUAAACAACGAUAUAAACAACGAACAGACAGACAGAGCAGAUAAAGUCGAUGGCAGUCAGUGCAGCCAAGACAUGACUAUAUCUGAUGGUUGGACUGGAUCCAGCAUUGAAUCUGGUGGAUUGUAAGUUGGCAUCUGCGGGUGUGCUGCAGACUGGAUGGCCAAGUGGCCUAUCGGCCAUUACUGGAACAGAGCGUUUAUAAGGGAAGCCCGACAGCAUCCACUGAAUCAAACUGCUGUUGUUGGAGAUGCCAGGAUCGAUCUCUACAAAGGACAUGACAGGAUCUACAUCGCUGCCCAAUAACCCAUCAGAUUCAUGUUCUGCAUCCGAUUCUCUACCAUUGUUCAUAUUGAUUUCAAGCACACCCAAAUCAGUGUUGCUACUAGAGAGUAUCUGCACCAUACUAAUAGCAGCAAGUAGUUC